AUGUCCAGAAACAGCUUUCGUCUGGCAUUUGACGAGGAUGCGUACAAGAGCCUGGAUAUCCUCGCAGCAUCAGCUGUCCUCGACGUUUCCUUGUGUAACCUCAGAUGGUCCGAUAAAUUGAUUGCGCAUGUCGCCAUUCAAGCCCGGGAAGAACUAAAUGACCUUUGGAAAGAUUGGGCGAAGACGCACAAAGAUCGAAGAUUUGCGACCCCGCCAACGGCCGUCACGGCCCUGUUUGACGAAGACAACUGCCGCCUAUUCAUAUGCACGUCCGUCAAGGGCAUGGGCGCAAACUCAAGCUUCCUAGACAGGCUCUCUCCCGAGCGGCGGAUCUUCAUCGACAAAAUCCUGUCCCUCAGCAGCGAGGAAGGGGUCGAGCCGGGCAAAUACUCCUGGCACAUGUUCCAGGCCAACUGUGCCGAAGUACACGCGCUCUGCCAGUGGCACCUGGCACGCCCAGGAGACGGAUGUGACCGACUCAAAGACGCCGUCAUGGCAACCGCCGGCGGGCCGGACCUCGUCCUCUACAACCCCUGUGGCAGACCUCCGGCCCCGAAUCUGGAUCGGCGGCCACCGGGAUGCAAAGAACUUGUGGAGCUGCUGCGUGUGUGGGCCCUGAACCGUUCUGCCUUUGAGAAGUGCAAAGUGGAGGAUGCCCAAGAUUACAGCCUCGAGCCGGUGGUCAAGGGAGUGAGUUCGAGCAAGGACAACAAGAGCCGCUCUUUGGUUUGUUGA